AUGGAGUCCUUUGAACGAUGGCGCUCCCAAUCACCAACCGGAUCCGAGCGGAGGAAGCUGUCCUUCAACCCGGUGGGAGAAUGGAYGCCGGCCGUGCAAGAGGUUAUGCCCGUAGGCGCAUUUGAGGUCACCAAGGGGAAAAGGAUACUCCAGACGGCAGUGGCAGUGCUAUACUGUCUAUUCGCGGCUGGUGUGGUGUUUGGCUUUGCAGCUAUCAAGCCAGUGCUCGUUGAGGAGGGUGUGUACAAGGACAAAUGCACCCAGAAGGAGCUGGAAGAUGGGGUAUGGGUAUGCUACGAGCAGGAGUUGAGGCUCAAUCUCAUGUUUACAGUCGCAGCUGUAUCAACCAACGUUUGCGCUCUUCCAGUGGGAACUAUCCUUGACAAGUUCGGGCCUCGAGUCGCAAGCAUAAUCGGAACCGUCUUCCUCUUUGCAGGCGCACUAUUCCUCGCCUUUGCCGCAGAAAUGUACCAGUACUUUGAUGCGUACAUUCCUGGAUAUCUCUUUCUAGCUGUCGGAGGGCCGUUCAUAUUCAUAUCCUCCUUCCAGCUGAGCAACACCUUCCCACAACAUUCCGGCCUCAUUCUCGCCCUCUUGACCGGUGCCUUCGAUACCAGUAGCGCAAUCUUCCUUGGAUUCCGUCUUCUCUACCAAGGCACGGGAGGCGACUUCAACACCAAGAAGUUCUUCCUGAUCUACCUCAUCGUUCCGGUCCUCGUCUUCAUUGCCCAAGUAGUGAUCAUGCCGUCCGAGUCUUACAAGACUGUUGGCGAGCUUGUGAAACAGAUCGAAGACUCUUCAUCAUCGGUCCACUCCUCGGACUCGGAAAUCUUGGACGACAACCGCCGUCAACAGGUUCAGUCCGCCCGUCGUGCUCGUCGCGAAAGUGCUGCUUCCGAAAUCAGCGCUCUUCUUAGUUCCAAAGCCGGCGAUAAGCAUGCGAAAGAUGAGGAGGCAAAGGCCGCACGUUCAGGCGUUUUCGKAGCCCUUCAUGGUCAGACUCCCGUCCAGCAAAUCCUCACACCAUGGUUCAUCCUCAUUGCCCUCUUCACCAUCAUCCAGAUGUUGCGCAUCAACUACUUCGUUGCUACCGUGCGCACUCAAUAUAGUGAUAUGCUGCAUUCGCACUCCAAAGCAGUUCAGAUCAAUGACUUCUUCGACAUUGCUCUACCUUUAGGCGGUGUCGUUGCAGUACCAUUCAUCGGAUUCGUCCUCGACCACACCAGCACAACAUUUGUUCUCGGCCUUCUGGUGACCAUCGCAACGACAAUCGGUGUCUUUGGUCUCAUUCCUGAGAUGUGGGCUGGAUACGCCAAUGUCAUACUCUUCGUCAUCUAUCGGCCUUUGUACUACACCGCGGUCUCGGAUUACAGCGCCAAAGUGUUUGGCUUUGAGACUUUUGGAAAAGUAUACGGCCUCAUCAUAUGUAUGGCUGGUCUGUUCAACUUCACUCAGGCUGCGUUGGACGCUCUGACGCACAAAGUCUUCCACAACAAUCCCAUCCCUGUCAAUGCGAUACUAUGUGGCACAGCUGCGGCUGUGGGUGUUGUUCUGGUUGGAUAUGUGUGGAGGAAGAGCGUUACUUUGGCGAAAGAUAAAGUGAAAGCGGAGGCAGAGGAGGCGAGAGAGGUGCUGAUGCCUGAUGCGGAAGAAGAGAGAGUGAAUCGGCCACAUGGACAUGAGACCUACGGAACGGCUUGA